GCGCCGAGGCGAGGGAGAUGCUGGCUCGGCGGCAGAGCCAUCGUCUGCAGGCCCUGCAGCGCCGCAGUCAGGAAUUGAAGCUACAGGUUGGUAGCUUGCUUUCUGAGAGUCAAUUGAAAGGAACUCUAGAUGCCAGUAAACGGAGAAAUAUUUACCAAAGAUGUAUCCAAUUAAAACAGGCAAUAGAUGAAAAUAAAAAUGCUCUUCAAAAAUUAAACAAAGCUGAUGAAACUGCACCCAUCGGGAACUAUAAUCAGAAAAAAGAGGAGGAGCACAGUCUUUUGGAUAAGCUUACCCACCAACUGCAAGAACUUGCUGUGUCCAUAAGUAGAGAAAAUAUAACUGAAAUCAGGGCACUUACUGAAAGAGAGGAAGAUAACAAAUCUGCUGACGAAGAGGAAGAAGCUGAAGAAGAAGAGGAGGAGGAGGAGGAAGAAGAGAGUGAAGAAGGUGGUGGGGAGGAAGAAGAAACAGAAGAGGAAGAGGAAGAGAAACAGGAAAAUGAAUCCCACCACCAGGCAACAAGUAAAGAAUACAUUGCCGUUGGAGAUUUUACUGCUCAGCAAGCUGGGGAUCUUACAUUUAAGAAAAGGGAAAUUCUCCUUAUAAUUGAAAAAAAACCUGAUGGUUGGUGGAUAGCUAAGAAUGCUAAAGGAAACAAAGGUCUCAUUCCCAGAACCUACGUGGAGCCCUAUAAUAAAGAAGAAGGUCAAGACACAAGUGAAGAAGAAGACAGUGAAGAAGAUGUAGAAGUGGGAGACCAAACAGCAGGAGGGGAAGAAGUUAAACAAAGAACUGAUUCUCACUGGAGCGCUAUCCAAAAAGCUAUCUCAGAGCAGAUAAACACUGUUGAUGUGUUAACCACAAUGGGAGCUAUUCCUGCAGGAUUCAGGCCUUCCACACUCUUCCAGCUUCUGGAGGAAGGGAAUCAGUUUCGAGCAAGUUACUUCUUACAACCAGAGCUCACUCCUUCACAACUAGCCUUCAGAGAUCUAAUGUGGGAUGCUAAAACAGGCACUAUUAGAUCAAGACCAAGUCGUGUUUCAUUCAUUCUGACCCUCUGGAGCUGUAAAAUGAUUCCUCUUCCAGGAACGAGCAUCCAGGUUCUCAGUAGACAUGUACGCCUCUGUCUAUUUGAUGGUAACAAGGUUCUGAGCAACAUUCAUACAGUCAGAGCCACAUGGCAAUCUAAAAAGCCCAAAACAUGGACCUUUUCUCCCCAGGUUACUGGCAUCUUGCCCUGCUUGCUUGAUGGUGAUUGUUUUAUCAGAUCCAAUUCUUCAUCCCCAGAUCUUGGAAUAUUAUUUGAACUUGGAAUUUCUUAUAUUCGCAAUUCAACUGGUGAAAGAGGAGAAUUAAGUUGUGGCUGGGUGUUUCUUAAACUUUUUGAUGCCAGUGGAAUUCCUAUUUCAGCAAAAACAUAUGAACUAUUCUUGAAUGGUGGCACCCCUUAUGAAAAAGGUGUUGAAGUGGACCCUUCGGUAUCCAGAAGAGCAUAUGGGAGUGUUUUCCAUCAGAUGAUGACAAUGAGAAGGCAGCCUCAACUCCUAGUAAAGCUGAGAUCUUUGAACAGGAGAUCAAGAGACUUGCUGAGCUGCUGGUCUCAGGGCACAAUGGCAACUCUUAAGGAAAAACUGAUUGCACCAGUUGCAGAAGAAGAGGCUGCAAUCCCAAACAAUAAGAUCACUGUAGUGGGUGUUGGACAAGUUGGUAUGGCAUGUGCCAUCAGCAUUCUGGGAAAGUCUCUGGCUAAUGAACUUGCCCUUGUGGAUGUUUUAGAAGAUAAACUCAAAGGAGAAAUGAUGGAUCUACAGCAUGGGAGCUUGUUUCUACAGACACCUAAAAUUGUGGCAGAUAAAGAUUACUCUGUGACUGCCAAUUCUAAGAUUGUGGUGGUGACUGCAGGAGUCCUCCAGCAGGAGGGAGAGAGCCACCUCAAUCUGGUGCAAAGGAAUGUUAAUGUCUUCAAAUUCAUUAUUCCUCAGAUAGUCAAGUACAGUCCUGAUUGUAUCAUAAUUGUGGUUUCCAACCCAGUGGAUAUUCUUACAUAUGUUACCUGGAACCUAAGUAGACUACCCAAGCACCAUGUCAUUGGAAGUGGGUGUAAUCUGGAUUCUGCUAGAUUUCGCUAUCUUAUGGCUGAAAAACUUGGCAUUCAUCCCAGCAGCUGCCAUGGAAAGAUUUUGGGAGAACAUGGUGACUCAAGUGUGGCUGUGUGGAGUGGAGUGAAUGUGGCAGGUGUUUCUCUUCAGGAACUGAAUCCAGAAAUGGGAACAGACGACAGUGAAAAUUGGAAGGAAGUGCAUAAGAUGGUGGUAAAAGUCAUCAAGCUAAAAGGAUAUACCAACUGGGCUAUUGGAUUAAGUGUGGCUGAUCUCAUUGAAUUCCCAUUGAAAAAUCUCUCCAGGAUUCAUCCAGUGUCAACAAUGGUGAAGGGCAUGUAUGGUAUUGAGAACAAAGUCUUCCUGAGUCUUCCGUGUAUUCUGAACACUCGGGGCUUAACCAGUGUGAUCAAUCAGAAGCUGAAGGAUGAUGAGGUUGCCCAGCUCAAGAAAAGUGCAGAUACCUUGUGGGAUAUCCAGAAAGACCGAAAAGAUCUGUGACUUCUGGCUUCUAGGCUGUAGAAAUUUAAAACCAUGAUGUGAUUAACUGUGAGCCUUUAGUUUUUCAUCCAUAUACAUGGAUCACAGUUUGCUUUUAUCUUCCUAAAUAUGUGAAUCUGGGCUCACAGAAUCAAAGCCCAUGCUUGGUUUAAUGCUUGCAAUAUGAGCCUUGAACAAAUAAAAUUAACUACCAUA